AUGACUGCAAAUCCAACACAAUGUCCUUCAGCCGCCCAAAGAAUCGUCGGUGAUUGUCCUCAUUGUCAGAAGAACUUCUGUUCAGCGCACAGACAACCGGAAGCACAUAAUUGCUCCGGCAUGCAAGCUUGUCGAGAUGCAGCUUUCCAAGCCAACAAAGCACGGCUUGAGAAAGAACGGACUGUUGCCAGUAAGAUUGCGCAAGCAUAG